AUGGGUAACCAAGUGAUGGCUUAUGUAGUGAUCAACAGUGGGGUCACCACUGAGUCAUACAACUCAACAAUGAAUGUCUGUUAUAUUGAGUGCCAUUUGUUUUGAUUUGAUUUGUGUUUACUUUAAUUGUUUAAACACUUGAUUGUGAUUAUUGUCAACAAACCUAAUAAGUCAUGUCGUCGGCUGUAUUAGUGGCCAAUCAGUCGACAAUUAGUACCAAUUCAAAGAUGAACUCAAUUCAUGAUAAUAAUAAUGUGAUCGAUGCGGACAAGAGUUUGGCAAAAGGCGAUACCAAUGAGGAUAAUCUUUCUUCGUUUAUGGAAAAACUUCACACGAGAUCAUCACAGAUGAAGUCGUGGACAGAGUUAACCAAAAUUAUGAAACAAUCAGUUAAUGAAAAGAGACAUAACAUUGACGUGAAUGAGAGGAAUCAGUUACAGAAAUGUUUGGACACAAUUCAGAAGAGUAUUCGCGUCACUUCUUUGCAAUCAAUGGUUGAACGUUUGGAGACAAUCUGUCGACAAUUGGGUCUUAAAUUUAGUCUUCCGCCACAAACGAGUCCAAAGCGAGUCGAGUGUUUUGUUCACUCGGAGAUGUAUUACGUGGAGGUCCUGCUGGAGGGGCCCACCGGUCACGUACUUGAUUGCAAAGUUGCCCAUCAGGCAGAAGCUCUGAGUUGUCUCGAACUGACAGAAGUCUUGCAAAACGGAGAUUUUGUUGAGUUUACCAAACAUUUAGAAGGAUUGUCAGCAAUAUAUCAAAUAAAUGCUGAUAAGAAAAACAAAACCAAAGCUUAUUUGGCAUUACAUGCACUUGAAAUUGAUUUGUCGAGUUUGGCUGAACUUCAGAAUCAUCAAAUUAAUGAUAUAAAUAAUUUGGUUCACAAAUCUCCGGUUGGAAUCUUAGAGCCACGAAAGGGUGGACAUCCCAUGAGACUGACAUACUUUGUCCCACCAUAUGAUCUUAUAGAUGUUGCCUCUAAGUCAUGUUUACCACUUAAUGUGGAGGUGAUUUUAGAGAAAAAGUUGGGCUCUUCGGCCACAGUUUGUAUAGAAAGCUCUUCAUCUCAUCGCUUACAACACGAAUCUCUAAUAAACACAUUGAAAACUCCCGAAGGAAAGAAUUUGCCUCAAUUUUCUGCGUUGACUAAUCUUAAUAGUACUCAACUUCCCGCUUGUUUUGUACUUAAACUUCAAAAACCAUUGGUUGCAUCAAUUGAUAUCUUGAGGAAAAUAAGAGCUGACACUAACAUUGAUUUGAAUUACGAACAAAUUCAUAAAAGAGAACCAAUUAUUCAAUUACUUGCAAAACAAUUAUUGACACCAAAGACUGGAAAUCAAAUGGAAAAUUCUCCCUUUUAUGUUAAACUUCCGAAUCAAAACCAUUGCUACCAUUUAAAUGAAAGUUGCGAUAAACUGGAAGGUGUUGUCAUAACAUCGAUUCCUAUAACUCAUCCGACACAUGUGCCCAGAAUUUUGGUCCAUUUAAGACAACAGGUCUUAUUUAACGUAAUAAUUGGUAGUUUUAUUCGUCAAACUUCUAAAUUUGAAGAUACAACAAACAUAUUUGAAGUGACAGCCACUUCAAUGUUGAAUAUAAACAUCCAGUUUGAACAUCCAACUGAAGAAUCACUGGCCACUGUUGAUCUGGAUCUCAGGGAUAUCACAAACGUUAAGUGCAAACUUUAUCCAUCAAAUCUAUCAUCGUUUUGUUCAGAUGACUACUCAUCUAAAGUGAUGCAAAGAUGUCUUUCAAUUCCGGUUACAAUGCGAUCUAUUAUAAAUAAAUGCAAAGAGAGAGCGGCCACUCUUAAGGAACAGAUGGGCAGAGAACAGGCUAAACAAAUGCAACCAAAUGCUAACGAUUUGUAUUUUUCGUCACUUAAUUCAGCUAAUGGUUCAUUAGAUCAGAAUGGAAGACAACAAUCUCUUUCAUAUCUAUCUCAACAGUUACAACAAUACAAUGGAAAUCAACAAUUUAUGAAUCAAAAUAAUGGUUUUCAAGGACAUCAACAACAUUUACAAAGAUUUUUGGCACAAAAAUUACAAACACAAUUGAGUCACGACACCAAUCAACAAACCAGACCACAGAUGACAUUACAACAAUUCCAACAACAACAGCAACAACAACAACAACUAAUACAUCAGAAUCAGAUGCUAAGUCCAAAUGGAAACGGACAGAAACACAAUGCAAUGUUAAUGAGUAUGUUAAGUGACUUACCCGCUGCUAAUUCUCAAAUGGCUUUAAAUUUACUUAAACAACAACAACAGCAGCAACAACAACAACAACAGCUUCAACAACAAUACCAAUUACAACAACUGCAAUAUAUGCAACAACAACAACAAUUACAACCAAAACUUAAAAAACAACGAAAAAGAAAGGCUACUAAUGAUAACAUCAAAAGUCCCGGGAGUUCUACAGGAAAGAGCCCUAAAAGAAAACUAAGUGAUGACGACUUUAACCGUGAAUUUUCAGACGAACCGUUUGGUGAUGUUUAUCAAUGGGGUAAUGAAAAUCCCAACACAUUUCGUGGGACAUCUAUGAAUGAAAUGAUUGGAAAUAUAAAACAAGAGAUGAAUUUAUCGGGUGCUACGACACCUACCAGUGCUGACUCAUUGAAUUCAAAUUUUUCAUUUGCGAAUCAGAGAAAUACUUUUGGAGGAACUUCUAACGAUUUAAACGAUUUUUCUUCAAAUGAGUUAACAAUUUAUGGAGAAAGUGGUGGUUCUGAUGUACUGAUGAAUGAUAUUAAACCAUUGACUUUAAAUCACUCGAUUAUUUCAGGUAAAAGUGCUAAUAAACGAGUAAAUAAACGGAUGAAAAGUGAUGCAAGUGAUGAUGCGAGUGGAACGGGUGAUGAGGGACACAAUGAACAGUUAAAGAUUAUUAAAUCAUUGGAAGAUUUGCAUCAAAAGGAUAACUUUUCCAAAUUUAUAAACAAUUCUAAAGAUUCAAUUCCUGGUGUUUCGGAAUCUUUGAGGAAAGGCGGCUUAAAUAGUAUAAAAACACUGAAAAUGUCUAAUAAAAGUGAUGUCCGCCGAUGUUCCAGUGCUGGCAUUGAAACGGGAUCCGAACAAAAGAAAUCGGGAAAUUUACAAAUUAUGGACGAUAUGCCUACAGAUAUGACUGCUAUUAAAAAAGAGAGAAAAAGAAAAAGAGCAGAAAGUGUUGAUAGCCUUAAAGCGUCGACUACUUGUGCCACUUCUUCCACAACCAAUAGAUUAACAUUGACUUCAACGACAUCUGAAUCAUCAAUAAUGCCGCCGCCAAUGGUUGGCUCAAUUACUGAUGUUAGCUCUUCUUCGAGUUUGACAUUUCUUGAUGCAAAUUGUUCACAAAAAGUAGUUCCAAAUGUUAAUAUUAAAAUGUCUCCGACUUCUACUAGUGUUACUUCACCACAGAUGAAAAUAACGAGUUCAGGCAAAAGAUCAUUAAUUGGUGCAAAUGUCACGUCGACGAGUAGUAGCGAUGGAAAAGUUUCUAAGAAUUUGUCCAAUAAAAUGGAUAAAAAUGCAAACAUUUCGUCACUUAUUAAGAGCCAAAAACAGGGAUUAGCUGUGGCUAUGAAGGCAACAGAUUCUGAAGGUAUGUCACUUAUGGGUUCUUCACAAACACAAAAAGGAAUGUUAUUUAAAACAAAAACAAAAUCAUCUAAAAGUGGACUUAAUGUGUCUCCUGGAAGACCUAAAGAACAUAAGAUACAAGGAUUAGGUAUUGGAAAAAUAAAAUCCGGAAUAUCUUCGACUUCAGGUCUUUUAGCAAAAGCUGGAACAACAGCUGUUUCUUCAUCAUCUUCUAUGUCUGGACACUCAUCGGGUUCUUUGACUUCAGUUAGUCCACCGGUCACGUCAUCAAAGCAACAAAAUGCAACUAAAUUAGCAAAAAUUUCUCGUAAAAGCUCUUUGACUGCAGUUGUUGAUCGUUUACAUCAAAAACAAGAUGGAGUGACAACUGGAACACCCGGUCAGAGUGGUUCUGGAGAAUGUAGUGGACGACCUGAAAGCAGCUCUUUAUCUCGACCCGACACUACAUCAACUACUAAAGCAGUUCAAGGAAGCGGUAGUAAAGUGAAUGAGCCAAAGAACAAAUAUCCUCGAAGUUCCGAUCAGUUCACUAUAAAGCAAACCAAUUCUGGCGGUGGACUUAAAAUGAGUAUAACUAAAACAAAACUAUCAGGUGUUGACAGUAGUAACAAAAUAGGACCGGGAGGUACGGGAUUGUUUAAGAAUACAUCGACUUCGAAAUUUACAAUUCCUAAAUUACCAAAAACUGCACAGCCAUCCACUCCCAACCCCACUCCUUCAAGUCCAUCUACGACUGCAUUGACAUCGACUACAAGUCCCAUGACAUCAACAAAUCCACAAAUGAGGCGACCUAUAAAUCCUAAUACCAAAGUGACCGCCGGAACCGGUGUUCGACCAAAUGUUUCGAGUUCUACUCAUCCCACAGGAGCUGUACUUUCAUCUAAAGGAGGUUUUAAUUCUCCACAUAGUAAGGCAUUUUCAGAUAGAAUGGGCGCUAAAAAUACAAACACUCAGUCUGUCGUUAAUAAGACUAGUGUUGGCUUUAAUAAUAAAUUUAAAGUAUCUCCAGAACCUUCUUCUACCACAAAAGUAAGUCACAGUGAGAUCGGUGCCAAUAUUAGUACGAUUCCUGUUUAUCAAAAUGCCAACAAACCAGUGAAUGAGGUCCGACCCGGAAUCUACUCCAAGUUUGAUGGAAUACCAUCAGCGAUGGCUGUUCCAUAUUCUAGAAGUAUAAGCGCUUCAUUGGGUAACGUAAGCCCACAAUUUCCUGCCUCUACUACUUCACCUGUACUACAAACAAAUAAACCAAAUUUUUUGAAAUCACUUUCUGUUAAUGAAAAUGAAAUCAAUGACCGGAUGUACAAUAAUUGGAGUCAAAUACAGGACAAUAUAGAGUCUAGAAGUGAUUCAUCCAACAAAAGUCAAGCUAUUAACUCAACUAAUAGUGAUAUCCCUCAAAACACUUCUGAUAAACCAGGAGUCAGUAGUAGUAGCGAUAUUAAGGCAUCGACCAGUACUCCUAGUUCUCCGGCUGAGCUAAUCUCAGAUGCCAUACAAAAUCCACCACCGCUUAUACCAAUUGAAGCAAUUGAGGAUUCAUCUGAAGUGGGAAGUGUUGGCAUUGAAGCUAUUGAUGCGAGAAAUGAAUGCGAAAAUUCAUCUCAAAUAGCGAUUGAUUCGAGUGAACAAUUAGAGGCACAGGAAUGCUUGCCCUCACCUUCUAAUGUCAAUAUGAGUUCAGAUAAUUGUACCACUCUUUCGACAAACGAGACAAAUAACGAAGUAUCGACUUCUGAUAACUUAAGAAUAGAUCAGUUGCAGAGCAAUGUCAGUCAGUCAAGAGUCGAAGUGCCAGAGGUUUCUGAAAGUAAUAAAGUGGUUCCAGUCGAUGAUGACGAAGAUGCAGAUGGUUUGGUUAUUGAUGAGUCUUUAUCAGAAGUAAAACCAGCGCCAAUUCGAACCACAAUUUCAUCUAACAGUGAAAUUGUGUCUUCAUCGACAUCUCUUAAUGCUUCUAAUGAGAGUCAAAGUCCAAGCAAGUCAUCGACGUCUCCCAUAUCCAGUACUAACACUCCAUUUACUUCUUCAAACCCAGCAUUAGCUUUGAGUUCAAUGAGCAGUACAUCAUUUAUUCCGGUAAACUCACCGUCCAAUCAAUCGAAUAACAAUUCCAUUCAAAGACCGUCACCUUAUUUAGCAGAUAUUGAUGACGAGCUUAUGGAUGAAGCACUGGUUGGCGGUUCCAAUGAAUAA